AUGGCAGAAAGUGAGGUGAAGAAAAAGUGGCGUUGGGGGUUGCUAGGUCUUGGGUUUGGUAGAUGUGGCUUGUGCUCCAAGAAAACUCCAGAUAAAAAUGGAAGCCAUAAAAGCACAAUUAGUAGCAGCAACGCCUCCACAGCCUGCACUCCUAAUAUUCAGUUCACUAAAUCUCCAGGUAUCGAAUUAAACGCCAAAAAGCUUCAAGAUCACAAAGUUUCACCUGAGCCAAUCCAGGAGGACCAGAUGGCGCAAAGCCCUAUUUCAAAACCCUCAUUGAAUCAAAACCCUAAUAACCAAGAUUUCGACAAUAAUGAGAAUCAACAAGAGAGUAAUAACAAUCCAGAGCCGGUCCAACAACAAGCGAGGAAAGUGCCAAGGGAAGCUAUCGGUUUAUCCGGUGAGCUAGAGAGUAUGAUCAUAGACAAUCAGAAAUCCAAAGGGAUUACUGGCUCAAUGGUUCGAGCAUCUUCAAGCAAUGUGAUGUUGUUUGGUAAUCUUGGGAACUUGAAACAGCCCGGGACAGCAGCGGUUGGGAACCAAACCAAUGUUCAAGACAAUGAAGAAAGACCAAAACCAACAUUGGUUUCAGAUAACCAAGAACAGCCAGGAUCUUUGUGCAGGGAGGUGUCAACAAGAAUGGAUCCAGAAACGUUAAAGACAAUGGGGAACGAAGAUUACAAGAACGGGAACUACGUAGAGGCCUUAGCAUUGUAUGAUGCGGCGAUAGCUAUUGAUCCAAAAAAGGCAGCUUAUCGUAGCAACAAAAGCGCUGCAUUAGCAGCUUUAGGGAGGAUCCUUGAAGCAGUGUUUGAAUAUAAAGAAGCAAUACGAAUGGAGCCUCGUUACCAUAAAGCUCAUCAUCGGUUGGCUUACUUGUACCUCAGGUUAGGAGAGGUGGAGAACUCGAUAUAUCAUUUCAAGCAUUCCGGUUCAGAAGCAGACCAAGAAGACGUUUUGAAAGCCAAGACGGUACAGACACUUCUCAGCAAAUGCACUGACGCUAAAAGACAGCGUGACUGGAACAAUCUUAUCAAAGAAACUGAAAACAUCAUAGCUUCAGGAGCCGAUGCAGCUCCUCAAGUAUAUGCAUUGCAAGCAGAGGCUUUUCUAAAGAGUUUAAGACAUCAAGAGGCUGAUGAAGCUAUGUCUAGAUGCCCGGUUCUAGACGUGGAAAUGAGCAUAAAAUAUUACGGACCGAUCAGUUCCGCUGGUUUCUUGGUCGUAUGGGCUCAGGUUCACAUGUCUUCCGGCAGAUUUGGAGAAGCGGUUGAGGCGAUUCAACGAGCGAAGAAGCUGGACGGGAACAACAAGGAAGUAAGCAUGGUUCUUCGGCGUGCGCAGGAGGUUAUGGCUGCGAGAACUAGAGGCAACGAUUUUUUUAAAGCUGGACGGUUUCAAGAAGCUAGUACAGCUUAUGGUGAAGGGUUAGACCAUGACUCAAGAAACUCAGUUUUGCUUUGUAACCGAGCAGCUUGUUUGUCCAAAAUGGGUCAGUUCGAUAGAGCCGUCGAGGAUUGCACGGCUGCACUCACUGUCCGUCCUGCCUACGCCAAGGCUCGGUUGAGAAGAGCUGAUUGUAACGCUAAGCUUGGGAAAUGGGAAGCGGCGAUAGAGGACUACGGGAUACUGAGCAAAGAAACACCAGAAGAUGAGGAAGUAAUCAGAGGAUUGUUGGAGGCUCAGGAGCAGCUUGUAAAAGGCCAUGAGAUUGAUCAGGAAGUCACGGACUAA